UCAAACUUGCCGCCAUUUUCCUUCUGACAGUUGCCGGGACGUUCGGAUAGGCGCGCGAACACUUCUAAAUUCAAAUUUUAAAACAAAAGUUGAAAAAAGUAAAAGUUUACAAUUAAAUUCGGUGUGUGUUGACGAUGUUAUUGCAAAAGUGGCCAGUGUCUAGUGAGUGUGUGUUAUGCUUUUAAUUGCUAUACAAUACUAGCUGUGUUCACGAUCUAGUCCAACCAUUAAAACAAAAAUGUUGAUACAGUUUCCCUAACUACAAGCAUAGUGAAGGAAAGAGACAAGAGAUCGGUAGUCGAGGAUUAGAACGGGAUAGAAGAGGACAGAGAGAUGGACACAAAGAACGAUGCACGUACAGACGACAUCGAAUUAAGCGCGCAGGGGACAAGCAACAAACCCGCCGUAUCUACAAAAUCGGACCUCCCCGAGCGAGGGUCAUGGGCGAGCAAGCUGGACUUCAUUCUGUCUGUGAUCGGCUUGGCUAUCGGCCUUGGCAAUGUCUGGCGCUUCCCCUACCUCUGCUACAAGAAUGGCGGCGGGGCCUUCCUCAUUCCUUACUUCCUUACCCUCUUCCUCGCUGGCAUUCCCAUGUUCUUCAUGGAGUUGGCCAUGGGUCAGAUGCUUACCAUCGGCGGAUUGGGCGUGUUCAAGAUCGCGCCGAUAUUUAAGGGUAUCGGGUAUGCCGCAGCGGUGAUGUCAUGUUGGAUGAAUGUCUACUACAUCGUUAUCCUUGCUUGGGCCAUCUUCUACUUCUUCAUGUCCAUGAGAUCUGUGGUUCCGUGGGGAUCCUGCGACAAUUACUGGAACACAGCGGCGUGUGUCAACCCUUACGACCGUAAGAAUCUCAAUUGCUGGGUUGCCUCCAACAUGACCACGUUCUGCAACCUGAAUGGCAAGAAUAUCAGCAAGACUGCCCUCUCCGACCCCGUCAAGGAGUUUUGGGAACGCCGAGCGCUUCAGAUCUCCAGCGGCAUCGAGAACAUCGGCAACAUCCGCUGGGAGCUGGCUGGCACGCUGCUGCUGGUGUGGGUCCUCUGCUACUUCUGCAUCUGGAAAGGUGUCAGGUGGACCGGCAAAGUUGUCUAUUUCACCGCGCUCUUCCCUUACUUCUUGCUGACCGUGCUGCUUAUCAGAGGAAUCACCUUACCCGGAGCGUUGGAAGGCAUUAAGUUCUACGUGAUGCCUAACAUGUCCAAGCUGAUGGAAUCUGAGGUGUGGAUCGAUGCUGUCACCCAGAUCUUCUUCUCCUAUGGUCUGGGUCUCGGCACCCUUGUUGCUUUGGGCAGCUACAACAAGUUCACCAACAAUGUUUACAAAGACGCAUUGAUAGUGUGUUCAGUGAACUCAAGUACUUCGAUGUUCGCCGGGUUCGUGAUCUUCUCUGUGGUCGGGUUUAUGGCACACGAGCAGCAGAGACCAGUCGCUGAAGUAGCUGCUUCUGGGCCUGGUCUAGCCUUCUUGGCUUACCCUUCAGCCGUGCUCCAGCUGCCCGGCGCUCCACUCUGGUCCUGCCUGUUCUUCUUCAUGCUUCUCCUCAUCGGGUUGGACAGCCAGUUCUGCACCAUGGAAGGCUUCAUCACUGCCGUUAUUGACGAGUGGCCCAAACUGCUGAGACGGCGGAAGGAGAUCUUCAUUGCUAUCACUUGCAUCAUAUCGUACUUGGUUGGGCUGUCUUGCAUAUCUGAGGGCGGAAUGUACGUGUUCCAAAUCCUGGACUCGUACGCGGUGUCUGGCUUCUGUCUGCUGUUCCUCAUCUUCUUCGAGUGUGUCUCAAUAUCGUGGGCGUUCGGCGUCAACCGCUUCUACGACGGCAUCAAGGAGAUGAUCGGUUACUACCCAACCAUCUGGUGGAAGUUCUGCUGGGUCGGAUUCACACCUGCUAUUUGCAUCAGCGUAUUCAUCUUCAACUUGGUUCAGUGGACCCCGAUCAAGUACAUGAACUAUGAGUAUCCGUGGUGGUCGCAUGUGUUCGGAUGGUUCACCGCCCUGUCUUCAAUGUUGUGCAUUCCUGGCUACAUGAUCUACUUGUGGCGAGUCACCCCUGGGACCAGACAGGAGAAAUUCAAUACAAUAGUCCGUAUCCCUGAAGACGUGCCGACAUUGAGGACUAAAAUGCAAGCAGAAGAACUGGCUAAACACGGCACUAAAGCCUAAACAAACAUUUAGGCUAGUUUAGGUCCAGACCUAAACUUUAUCUAGACAAACCUAGAUCUCAGGAAGAUGAGAGAACUCAAAUUUGGAUCGAGAAUGCUGUUUUGUAUGAUUAAUAUUUAAAAUAUAACAUUAAUACGCAUAUAUGUUAUCUAUAUUUGCAUAUUCCCGGUCCUAGGUCGGUGAAUAUAUAAGUAUAUUAAAUUAUGCAUAUGAUCCAUUGAUGCAAAGAAUAUUGUAGUUUUUUAAAUAUUAAUUAUGCAAGUACAAAGGAAUGUUCUAGAACAAAAAUUCUAAAAGCAUCACGCACAACUUUUUUUAUUCUUUGUGCCAAUGUAGUGUGCCAAAGAUGAAAUAUAUUAUGCCAAUAUAUACUCUUAGAGUUCGAUAUUAUAUGUCGUAGUCAAAAUUUAACUAGUUGGCUGAACAUUUAUUCGCUAUUUAGUUAAAUACAGUAUAUUAACACCUGUGUUCAGAGUUCAUAAAUGAAUCAAUUCCGUAAAUUGCGUGCUUGUACAAAUAUUAACAAUAAUAUUAUAACGUUUUAUGGCAUAA